AUGGGGGAUGUCAAAGCUAUAUAUUGGUUUUCUGAAAGUGGAUUCCCUAUAGAAAAAAUUGAUUCAAAACUUUACACCCACAUCUUUUGCGGUUUUGCCAUUCUUAAUUCCCAAACCAACCAAUUAGUUAUAUCCCCAAAUCACCAACACUACUUCUCAAGUUUCACACCAACUGUCCAGCAAAAUAACCCUAAUGUUAAAACCUUGAUAUCUAUUGGGGGUGGAGGCAUCAACACAACUGCUUAUGCCAACAUGGCUAGCCAGCCCCGGACGCGUAAAAGAUUCAUUGAUUCAUCGAUCAAGUUGGCUAGGGAUUAUAGCUUUCACGGCCUUGAUCUUGAUUGGGAAUAUCCAUUAGAUAGCACUCAGAUGGCCAACCUUGGCUCUCUUGUUGAUGAGUGGUGGGUAGCUGUGCAAGCCGACUGUUGGAGCUCUUGUCAUUAUAGGGAGCCGUUGCUUUUGACGACAGCGGUUUCUUAUGGACCGAAAGUAUACGGGCAGUCGGAGAGGAGCUAUCCUUACCUGUCAAUAGCCAGAAGCUUAGAUUGGAAUAAUGUGAUGGCUUUUGACUUCUAUUUCCCUAUCCGGGGUGAGGAUGCAAAUCUCACACGUGCACAUGCGGCCCUAUAUGACCCCAACGACCCUAUAUGA